UCGCGCGGCGGCUUCCCCCCCGGCCGGGCCCCCGCCAUCCCGCGUUCUUCCGAGCUCCUGGCCCCCGGGGGGAGGGUGGGAGGGAGGGAACUGGGCCGGUGGGCGCCUGCGGCGCACGGCGGGACCCACGGAGCCCCGCGACCCGCCGAGCCUGGAGCCGGGUCGGGGCGGGGAAGCCGGCUCCAGCCCCGAGCAAACUUCGCAGCCGGGCGGGGGGUGGCGGGGACCCUGUCCGGAGCCGGAGGAGGGGCCGGCCGCGAGCCCUCCUGCCGCUGCUCCCGCGUCUCCGGGCACCAUGCUGUCCAACUCCGGUGCUGUUCCCCAGCCCGCCGCUGCCGCCGCGGCCGCCCCAUGCUGUCCAACUCCGGUGCUGUUCCCCAACCCGCCGCCGCCGCCGCAGCCCCCCCCGGCCCAACCUCACCCGCCGGCCCAGCCGCCGCCGCAGCCCCCGCAGCAGUUCCCCCAGUUCCACGUCAAGUCAAGCCUGCAGAUCAAGAAGAACGCCAUCAUCGACGACUACAAGGUCACCACCCAGGUCCUGGGACUGGGCAUCAACGGGAAAGUUUUGCAGAUCUUCAACAAGAGGACCCAGGAGAAAUUCGCCCUAAAAAUGCUUCAGGACUGUCCCAAGGCCCGCCGCGAGGUGGAGCUGCACUGGCGGGCCUCCCAGUGCCCACACAUCGUGCGGAUCGUGGACGUCUAUGAGAACCUGUACGCGGGGAGGAAGUGCCUACUGAUCGUCAUGGAGUGUUUGGAUGGUGGAGAACUCUUUAGCCGAAUCCAGGACCGAGGAGACCAAGCGUUCACAGAAAGAGAGGCAUCAGAAAUCAUGAAGAGCAUUGGUGAGGCCAUCCAGUAUUUGCACUCAAUCAACAUUGCUCAUCGAGACGUCAAGCCUGAGAAUCUCUUGUACACCUCCAAAAGGCCCAACGCCAUUCUCAAACUCACCGAUUUUGGCUUUGCCAAGGAAACCACCAGCCACAUCCUGACCACUCCCUGUUACACGCCGUACUAUGUGGCUCCAGAAGUGCUGGGCCCCGAGAAGUAUGACAAGUCCUGUGACAUGUGGUCCUUGGGUGUCAUCAUGUACAUCCUGCUGUGUGGGUACCCCCCCUUCUAUUCCAACCAUGGCCUCGCCAUCUCUCCCGGCAUGAAGAGUCGCAUCCGAAUGGGCCAGUAUGAAUUUCCCAACCCGGAAUGGUCAGAAGUAUCAGAAGAAGUGAAGAUGCUCAUCCGGAACCUGCUGAAGACAGAGCCCACCCAGAGGAUGACCAUCACCGAGUUCAUGAACCACCCCUGGAUCAUGCAAUCUACGAAGGUCCCUCAAACCCCACUGCACACCAGCCGGGUCCUGAAGGAGGACAAGGAGCGGUGGGAGGAUGUCAAGGAGGAGAUGACCAGUGCCUUGGCCACCAUGCGGGUCGACUACGAGCAGAUCAAAAUCAAAAAGAUUGAAGACGCGUCCAACCCUCUGCUUCUGAAGAGGCGGAAGAAAGCUCGGGCCCUGGAGGCCGCGGCCCUCGCCCACUGAGCCGCUGAGCCCGUCCUGCCACACUGGAGGACAAGCAAUAACUCUUGACCUGGAUAUAUUUUUUAAAUGAAGAGACACAGAAUUGUCCAUUUCCGCCUCCCCUCCUCCUUGGCUGCAUGGAGCCCGGACCUCAUCGGGGCUGGAUUCUGCCUUUGGAUCUGGCCGCCUCCUGGAGAAGGAGAGGCUGGGAGGCUGGGAGGGCUUGGUGAGAAGGAGCAAGAUGCUCUUGAACCUGUGCUCAUUUUGCAAUUUUAUCAGUAAUUUGACUUAGAAUUUUUAUGAAACUUCUUCUAUUGUUCUUGCCCUCACUCCUGCUCCUCUCCCCCAAGCCCCUGCCUCUCUGAAUCCUGCAAGGGUUUGGGGUUUGCUCAAGGGGAUUUGUGGAAACUGUUAGAGGGGGUGUCCCUGUGUCGUUCCACCUACCCUCUGAUUUCCCCACUACAGCCCGAGGACCCCGCUGGCUGAGCCAUUCCCAGAGCUGUGGGCCAUGGGGGGCCGGGGCCAAGAGGGCCCCCUGCCUCCUCUGCUGAGCCCACCAACAUCCCCCCUGUGUGCCAGACGGAUAGGAGUGAGUGUGGUCGUGUGUGUGCGUGUGCGUGUGCCCGUGCACGUGUGCCUGGAUCAGUACCUGGGCCUGGGCAUUUGAGGGGUCAGGGCAGGCAGGGCUGCUGAGGGGGGGUCUCUGCCGUGGCUCAGGAACCUUCUCCCCCCUCGGCCUGCCCUGCCCGUGCUGGGCCUGCCAAAGUGCCUGGGAAGCCUGUCCAGGUUCUGAGCCAGGCCGUCCGUGCCUGCCUCUGUGAGCUGGUUCUGGGAGGUGGAGAGGAGUGACUUAGCCUUGGACUAUGGACUGGAGCCCCGCCCCAGGACCCCCACUCCCCACGCAGGGCUGGUCCUGACCCUCCGAGGCACUCAUCUACCAAGUUCCCUCUCUACUUCCCCUUCCUGCCAUUAUUAACCCGUUGUUCUUGUUUAUUUUCUUACGGUUUGAGCUACUUCUCAACAGGCUCCCUCAGGGGGGUGAGCCUGAGUGGUUUAUGAGUGACAUGGCUGCUGCAUUUCAUGUGCCUCCUGGGGGCACUGGCCAGCGACCCCUUGUGGGCAAAGGCAGCACCACUUCUGUGACCCUCCUGCAAAUUUCCAUCGUGUGGCCUAGCGGGUGGUGGUGGUGGUGGAGGGUCUUUGCACCAAAGAUGUCCUGACUCUGCUCCUUCCCCGUCAGCCACUUCACCCCCACCCCAAACAACUCAGCAGCAUGUGUCCCGGCCAGUGAGGGGGGUGGGGUGAGGUGGGGAGGGGAAGGCCCUCCCCCAGUGUUAGCUUGGAGCAAGGCCGGGAAAGGGCCUCGGCCAAGGUCCCUUGGGGCAGGGCUGGCAGUCAUACUUCAGCUUUCAUCUCCCUCAGGGGCAGAGUUGAGGGGGGGUCUUCUCCGGGCCUGGGAGGAGGGCUCCAGGGCCUGCAACACCUCCCCGUCUCUGAUGGUGUGUCCAGCACUCAGAUUGUUGUAAACUCUUGUUGUUUUGUAUGAGCAAAAUUGUCUUUACUAAACAGAUUUAAUAGUU